CAGCGGCGGCGGCGGCGGCGGCGGCGGCGGAGGCGCCCGGUCCCAGCCGCGCGAAGCGGACAUGUGCAGGCUGGGCUAGGAGCCGCCGCCUCCCUCCCGCCCAGCGAUGUAUUCAGCGCCCUCCGCCUGCACUUGCCUGUGUUUACACUUCCUGCUGCUGUGCUUCCAGGUACAGCCUACUGGGGCCAAAAGACAAAACCCAGAUAAGUGCUGGAAAGAAGCACAAAGCAUGGUGGAAGGAGGGAGAGUCGCAGAGCUUCCGAAAGGCGUCCAGGAAGGCCUGCAUGAGGAGGUGCUGGUUGCUGAGGACAACGUGGACUUCCGCAUCCACGUGGAGAACCAGACGCGGGCUCGGGACGAUGUGAGCCGUAAGCAGCUGCGGCUGUACCAGCUCUACAGCCGGACCAGUGGGAAACACAUCCAGGUCCUGGGCCGCAGGAUCAGUGCCCGUGGCGAGGAUGGGGACAAGUAUGCCCAGCUCCUAGUGGAGACAGACACCUUCGGUAGUCAAGUCCGGAUCAAGGGCAAGGAAACGGAAUUCUACCUGUGCAUGAACCGCAAAGGCAAGCUUGUGGGGAAGCCCGAUGGCUCCAGCAAAGAGUGUGUGUUCAUUGAGAAGGUUCUGGAGAACAACUACACGGCCCUGAUGUCGGCUAAGUACUGUGGCUGGUACGUGGGCUUCACCAAGAAGGGGCGGCCGAGGAAGGGCCCCAAGACCCGGGAGAAUCAGCAGGACGUGCACUUCAUGAAGCGCUACCCCAAGGGGCAGCCGGAGCUUCAGAAGCCCUUCAAGUACACGACGGUGACCAAGAGGUCCCGUCGGAUCCGGCCCACACACCCCGCCUAGGCCAUCCCGCCGCGGCCCCUCAGGUCGCCCUGGCCACACUCACACUCCCAGAGAACUGCAUCAGAGGAAUAUUUUUACAUGAAAAAUAAGGAAGAAGCUCUAUUUUUGUAUAUUGUGUUUAAAAGAAGACAAAAACUGAACCAAAACUCUUAGGGGGAGGGGUGAUAAGGAUUUUAUUAUUGACUUGAAACCCCUGAUGACAAAAGACUCAUGCAAAGGGACUGUAGUCAACCCACAGGUGCUUGUCUCUCUCUAGGAACAGACAACUCUAAACUCGUCCCCAGAGGAGGACUUGAAUGAGGAAACCGACACUUCGAGAAACCAAAGUCUUUUCCCAAAGGUUCUGAAAGGAGAAAAAAAGAGAAAGUAGUACUCUGCCCACCAACAAACUCCCCCUGACUUUCCCAAUCCUCUAUCCCUAUCCCAAACUCCAACAAAAAUCGCUCUCUGGUUUGCAGUCAUUUAUUUAUUGUCCACUGCAAGCUGCCCCGAGACACCGCGCAGGGAAGGCGUGCCCCUGGGAAUUCUCCGCGCCUCGACCUCCCGACGACAGACGCCUCGUCCAAUCAUGGUGACCCUGCCUUGCUCGCAGAUCUGGAGGAUGCUGCUAUCGACCUUCCGUGACUCACGUGACCUAGUACACCAAUGAUAAGGGAAUAUUUUAAAACCAGCUAUAUUAUAUAUAUAUUAUAUAUAUAUAUAAGCUAUUUAUUUCACCUCUCUGUAUAUUGCAGUUUCAUGAACCAAGUAUUACUGCCUCAACAAGUAAAAACAACAGACAAAUUAUUUAAAAAACCA